ACGCCAUAGCGACAUAACCUCACUAGUGUUUUUUUUGCGAUAUAAAAAAAAAAAACAAUUACUCAACUGUUCGCGUGUUGACAAAUUAGUUUCGUUCUUGUGUUGAUCGUGAAUAAAAUACAGUGAAAAUGAUUGAACUGAGUGACUCGGAAAAUAGUGACUGCGAUCAACUGCCAGAAUGCCGUCGUGCAGAAAAUGGAUUGCCGAAACAAUCUAUGGACAAAUAUCUUGCAAUUUAUAAUCAAUUCAUGGAGUGGAAAAACGCGAAACAUGAAGAAUCUUUGGACGAAAGCUUAUUGUUGACGUAUUUUAAUGAAUUGGCGGAAAAACUCGCACCUUCAACUCUGUGGUCCCGGUAUUCAAUGCUAAAAAGUACCCUAAAUUCUAACGACAAUGUUGACAUCGCAAAAUACUCAAAAUUGAGUGCCUUUUUGAAGAGACAGGCAACUGGAUUUGUCAGUAAAAAAUCAAAAACACUCACCUCGGAGCAAAUUGCUAAAUUUCUUACCGAAGCUCCCGAUCAUCAGUAUUUAGUGACAAAGGUUGCUUUAAUCUUUGGCGUUACUGGAGCACUUAGAAAAUCAGAAAUGUGCGAAAUAACAACAAAAGAUAUUAAAGACUAUGGCUCUCAUUUGCUUAUAACAAUUCCAAAAAGUCAAACGCACAUUCAGCGAACUUUUACAGUUGAUGGCGAUUUUUACUACAGUACUUAUAAAAAAUACGAGGCUCUUCGGCCAAAAAAUCUGUACACAAACCGAUUCUUUUUGAACUAUCAGAACGGAAAGUGUACGCAUCAAGUAAUCGGGAAAAAUAAAUUUGGCUCGAUGCCAAAAAAAAUCGCGGAAUAUUUGAAUCUACCAGAGCCGGAACUCUACACGGGUCACAGCUUUCGCCGGACAUCAGCAACACUCCUCACGGAUUCUGGGGCUGAUAUCACGACUGUGAAACGUCAUGGGGGAUUUAAAACGAGUCAGAAUGCAGAAGGUCACAUCGAGGAUUCGAUGAGAAAUAAAAGAAAAAUAUGCCAGCUGAUAACAAAACAAUUAAAUAUCAAUCUGUCGACUGGAACUAGAAUUUUUCCGGAUUGCCCACCGCCAAAACGCUACAGACCCGCCUCUGUGUUGAGAAGAUUAGCUUCUGCGACGAGUGGCAGAUCUACCCAUGAAUUACCAAAAGGAUCCAGAAACGAUUCUCAGCAGUCACAACCCACACAAAAUCAAGAAAAUAAUCGAACAAUGGGGCCGCAAAAAAUUAUUAUCGAUUGUGAUGCUGGGACUGAUGAUGCUUUGGCUCUGAUUUUACUCAUCGAGGCCCAUAAAUCAAAAGAAAUUGAGAUUAUGGCUAUUACGUGUACUGCUGGAAAUACGACUUUGGAGAACGUAAUUGCAAACGUGUUUAGGACUUUAAACGCUUGUAAUGCCCUCCAAAUACCAGUUUUCAAAGGAGCUCAUUCGUCCCUUCUUUCCACUGAAAAUGCAAAAGUUGCUGCAGACGUGCAAUUUCAUGGAUCGGACGGUUUUGGUGAUGUAUUCACUGAUAAACCAGACAUUAGUCAAUUAAAAUCAGAACACGCUGUCUGUGCUCUUCAACGAAUAGUAUCCCAAUAUCCCGGGGAAGUUUCUAUUAUUGGUCUGGCACCUUUGACGAGUAUAGCAUUAACUAUCAAAAUGUAUCCGGAUUUUGCUGAGAACGUAAACAAAUUUUACGUUAUGGGAGGAAAUUACAGCGCAAUGGGCAAUGUAACUCCGCAAGCAGAGUUCAAUUUUUACGCAGACCCCGAAAGCGCUCACAUAGUUCUUUCUAGCAGUAACAGAUUAUGGCUUUUGCCUUGGGAGACUUGUCUGAAAUCAAAAGUGUCAAACGAAUGGAGAAAACAUUUUUUUGGAAAAAUAGACACACCGGCAAUAAAGCUAUUGAAUGCAAUUGAGGAUGCAACUUACUCGACAACUGAAAAAAUGUUACCGACUUACACACCCUGCGAUGCAUUUUUAGCCGGAAUUGUUUUAAGACCGGAAAUGGCGACAAGUGUCGUUUCUUAUCACAUAGAUAUUGAAUUAGGUGGCACUAGAACGAGAGGUCAAGUUGUUAUCGACCAUUUCAUGAGCAAUGAACAAAACGCAUUUGUAAUUCAAGAAUUUGAUUCCGAAGUUUUCAAAGAAAUCUUGCUCUGCGCUGCAAAUCCUGCGAAAUAUAAAAAUCCGGCGGUCAAUCGAACGCCGGAAGUCGAUCCAAUAAAAGUGGAAGUGCCCGAAGAAAACGAGGAAUUUUCGGUCGAUUUCAUCAAAACAGAACUGAUUAAUUACGAGGAUGCGUAGAAUGAAAUGUGUGAUUAGAAAGUUUGUACAUAUCAAAAAUAUAUUUAGAAAUUAACUAUUUUUAAUAAA